UUUUCAUUCAUCUUUUGCAGGAAUCCCCCCAGCACAAUUAUGAUAGAGGAUAAAGGCCCAAGGGUGGUGGACUAUUUUGUAGUGGCCGGACUCACGGAUACGUCGACUCUUCUGGACCAAGAAGUAAAUCGCUCUGAAACAAAGUCAGUUGGUCCCAAAGCUCCCAUCACAGAUCUUGCUAUCAUCAUCAAGUCAGCGGGAGAAACCGUUCCCGAGGGAUACACCUGUGUCGAGGCAACCCCCACAGCACUUCAGGCCAACCUGAACUAUGGCAGUCUUAAAAGCCCGGAGCUCUUUCUGUGCUACAAGAGAAGCAGGGACAAGCCACCUCUUACGGACAUCGGAGUUUUGUACGAAGGGAAGGAACGCUUGAUCCCGGGCUGUGAGGUGAUCCAGGCCACUCCCUACGGCCGCUGCGCUAAUGUCAACAACAGUUCGGCUACUUCCCAGCGAAUCUUCGUCACCUUUCGGAGGGCUCCCCCGGUGCGACCCCAAAACUCCUUGGCUGUUACCGACAUCUGCGUCAUUGUAACCAGCAAAGGAGAAACCCCGCCUCAUACGUUCUGCAAAGUCGAUAAGAAUUUGAAUUGUGGCAUGUGGGGUUCCAGUGUAUACCUGUGUUACAAGAAGUCAGUUCCAGCUUCAAACUCCAUUGCAUACAAAGCUGGCUUGAUAUUCAGAUACCCAGAAGAUGACUAUGAGUCAUUCCCUUUAUCAGAAUCUGUACCUCUCUUCUGUCUUCCAAUGGGGGCCACCAUUGAAUGCUGGGACCCUCAAACCAAAUACCCGCUGCCUGUAUUCUCAACGUUUGUUCUGACUGCCUCAAGUGCAGAAAAGGUGUACGGUGCUGCUAUCCAGUUUUACGAGCCUUAUUCGCGAGAGCUGCUGUCAGAAAAGCAGCACGUGCAGCUGGGCCUCCUGACAGCUGUCGAGAGAAAAGUGGUUACCUCAAAAUCCAUAAAUUGCAACAAGUGCAUCUGCCUUCUGUCACACUGGCCUUUCUUUGAAGCCUUCCGGAAAUUCCUAAUGUUCAUCUAUAAGCUUUCCGUGUCUGGGCCGCAUCCUCUUCCCAUUGAAAAGCACAUAUCCCACUUUAUGCACAACAUACCUUUCCCUUCUCCCCAAAGACCAAGAAUUCUUGUGCAGCUCUCUGCGCAUGAUACAUUAAUACUUUCUCAGCCGGUUGCUACGCCCUUGCCACUCAGUGGAGCAAACUUCAGCACUCUGCUAAUGAAUCUUGGACCAGAAAACUGUGCCACUUUACUCCUCUUUGUGCUACUGGAAGGCAAGAUCCUGCUGCACUCUCUCCGACCAGCUGUGCUGACCGGAGUAGCGGAAGCAGUGGCAGCUAUGAUUUUCCCAUUUCAGUGGCAGUGUCCCUACAUCCCCCUGUGUCCUUUGUCUCUGGCAACAGUGCUCAGUGCUCCUGUCCCGUUUAUAGUUGGAGUUGAUUCCCGGUACUUUGACCUCUAUGACCCUCCACAGGAUGUGGUUUGCAUUGACUUAGAUACAAACAUGGUGUACAUAUCAGAUGAUAAGAAGAGCAUGAACUGGAAGCAGCUUCCUAAGAAGCCGUGCAAAAGCCUUCUCAGCACCUUAAAGAAAUUGCACCCACAACUGGCAUUAGUUCACAGAAAGACGCAAGAAGGCUCUGCGGUCGAGAUGACACCUAUAGAGGCAGACUUCUCGUGGCACAAAAAGAACACGCAAUUCGAAACGGAGAUUCAGGAAGCCUUUCUACGUUUCAUGGCAUCUAUUUUAAAAGGGUACAGGACGUUUCUUAAACCGAUCACCCAGGCACCUUCAAAUAAAGCUACUGCUACAGAUUCCUUGUUCGACAAUCAAGGGUUUUUAAAAAGUAGGGACCGUGCCUACGCAAAAUUCUACACGGUUUUAACAAAGACACAGAUAUUCAGCAGCUUCAUUGUAGAAUGCAGUUUUGUGAGUGACAAAGAUACUGGACUGGCCUUCUUUGACGACUGCGUAGAAAAGCUUUUUCCAGAGAAAGGAUCAGAAAAAGGAGAAAAGGUUGAUACGGAUUCCGCAGAGGAUACCCGAUUGAUUGAACUUGAUGAGUCGCAGAAGAGUGAACACACGGUGUUUAUAAUGCCACCAGAACCUCCCCCUGAUGACGGACAGGAUAGGCUACCUAGAUACAGCUAUAAAACCUUCCCCAGGCUAGACUUGAAGCUCUUUGACAGACCGCAAGAGCUCAAGCUUUCCUUCAGCAGGCACUCAGCUGGAGGAAGCAUUUCUAAUAGUCCGGCGCUUAUGGCAAAGAGGACAAAGCAGGAGAUAAAAGCAGCUCACAAGCUUGCCAAGAAAUACUACGCGAAUGCUUCCCAGUGGGCCAAAUGUCUCUUCAGCCAUUGCUACAGCUUAUGGUUCAUUUGUCUCCCAGCUUAUGUCAGGGUUUCCCACCCCAAAGUCAGAGCCCUGCAGCAGGCGUACGACGUUCUUAUUAAAAUGAGGAAAACUGAUGUGGAACCACUAGAUGAAGUGUGCUAUAGGGUUGUGAUGCUGCUUUGCGGACUUUGGGGCCACCCUGUCCUGGCUGUGAGGGCCCUCUUUGAAAUGAAAAUCGCCGGCAUAGAACCCAAUGCCAUCACAUAUGGGUACUACAACAAGGCAGUUUUGGAGAGCCCAUGGCCCAGCAGCAACCGCAGUGGCAUAUUUCUCUGGACGAAGUUGCGAAAUGUGGUGCAUAGCAUGGCACAAUUUAGGCAAUGUCUCAGAAAGUCAACCCUGUGCUCGCCAGCUAUUUCAAUACCAGCUCCUCAGAUGCUCACGGGUGGAAGUGAUGGGGACACGGUGAGCCAUGAUAGUGUGACUAGUUCUAAUGAUGCUAACAGUGGGGAGCACACCUUCUUCGUCAGAGAUUUAGUCAGGCUUGAUUCCAUUGCUAAUCACUCUAGCACAGGUGCUCAGUCCGACCAGGGUUAUGGUUCUAAAGACGAACUUGUAAGGGAUGAUGCAUAUAGUCUUCAGACAACAGAUACGCUUGUAGAAAAAGCGCUUGUUACCAAAGGUGAUGACUUAAUUGGAGACUUUUGUGUUGCUGGUGAGUCUGUUGAAAAUCCACGUCAUCCUGCAGAACCACACAGUCCGGUUGAAGUAUCCAUGCAUCCCUCCAGCAGCAUUGUCAAGGUUCCCUCUUGCGUUUUUGAUAGCACCGGCAGGAAGAGCAGCAGCGGAACGGCAUCCAGUCCUCUUUUCAUAGCUCAGGAUACUGUUGAAGAUUCCGUCUUUGACAGCAACACUUCUCCCAAGAGAACCAGCGAGAAAGGGAAUAAAAAGCAAAAGCUUUUUUCAGAAAGGAGCUGCAGCUUCAGCUCCGAAAGCCGGGCAGGCAUGUUGCGGAAGAAAAGCAGCCUGGAUUUGAAUUCCAGCGACGUAGCGAUAAUGAUGGGCGCGGAUGCAAAGAUUCUUACGGCGGCUCUGUCCGGGACCAAAACAUCACCGCCGCCCCACCUGAGCAAACCCCACAGCUUUGACGACGCAGGUGACGGGCUGUUCACAGACACGGCUAGGACUCGUGCGAGUGAAAGUAUUUGGGAAGCGGAGUCUGUUCUGGAGGAGCCCGAGGAAGGGCAGGAACAGCUAGAAAACGGGCACGACGACCGCACAGCCAAAGCAGAGAACGCCAACCCCAAACCUCUUGAAACCGCGCAGCCCCAAACGGAGCAGGCGGAACCCAAAGACGCAGCGAACAAGAGAAAUAGUUUAUAUGGCGUGGCCAGGCCUGUUGAGCGAGAGGACGUUCAGGUGGGCCUGGACCCUUUGUCCUUGCUGGCAACCGAGACCGCAGAUCCCAAACCCGCCGAAGAGGAAGAAAAGUUGAUGUCGCCGGUUGUGGCGCGCAACCUGGCCGACGAGAUCGAAAGCUACAUGAACUUGAAAAGUCCCCUCGGCAGCAAAUCUUCCAGCAUGGAGCUCCACAGGCCGGACGGCGUGGGCCAAGAGGCAGCCUCCCCAUCUCUCCUGGGCCCUUCUCUCGAGAGGAGGUCGAGCUUGCCCUCAGAUUCCGCUCCGCCGGCCCAGGUUCCGAACGCCAGCCGGAAGAGCCCCGCCGUCUCCAGGUCCAAAACGUUCACCGGGAGACCGAAACAACUGGCCCUUUCGCGUAGCCAAAAAGAACGGUCGAUAUCUUUGACGGGCUUGGGCAAAACUUCGCCGCAAGCUUCGUUGGGCGCGGUCGUCACAACUCUCUCCGGUCUGAAGCUAGACCACAUAUUAUCGGGACCUAAAAUGGACGUCCUGAAGUCUGGAAUGAAACAAGCGGCUCAUGUCGCCAGCAAAGUGUGGGGUGCUGUGUCCUCAGCAUAUAGCUAUUCAGACGAUGAGGAAGAAAUCAGCCGACCUGACUUCACCUUUCCUGCUGGCUUUGAAGAUCAUAUUCUAGGUGUCAAUCAGCCGCCCAAAAUGGGGAUUGCGGGGCUUGCCACCAGCGAACUUGCCCAGAGCACCACCAGCCUUGGAAGCAGCAACAGCAGCGGCGAUGUGGGGAGACAGCACUUCCAAACAGGUGAAGUUCAGAUCCCAAGAAGUAUGAAAGGUCUGGAUUCGGAAAAGUCAGAACAUGGCUCUUCCCACAACACCAGUUUGUCCAGCAUCUUCCAAAAUUGUGCCAUGGAGGUCUUAAUGUCAAGUUGUUCUCAGUGUCGCGUAUGCGGAGCUCUAGUUUACGACGAAGAAAUCAUGGCGGGAUGGACUGCGGAUGACUCUAAUCUGAAUACUACAUGCCCAUUUUGCAAAAGCACUUUCUUACCUCUUCUAAAUGUGGAAUUUAAAGACCUGCGUGGUCUUGCAAGCUUGCUUUUGAAACCGAGUACCUCUGGCGAUAGUUUGCACAGCAGCAACAUUCCAUUGACCACAGAUUCUCUGGAGCCAAAGGCUGUUUCAAGCCCCGCUACUGAUCUGAUCAGUUUUGCCGAAUCUUCAGAUAUGAACCAGACCAUCGCUGAAGAAAACAGCACCGCAGCGAAGCAAAGCACUGGCGUCGCAGGAGGAGGGGACAGGGACCUCAAACCCCCAAGGCCCUCUGCUACAAGCAACGCCUCGCAACGGGGAGCUUCUCUGACUCGGAGCCAUAGCGUUGGUGGUCCGCUGCAAAAUAUUGAUCUCUUGCAAAGGCCGGCUCAUGGCAUCUCAACCGUCAGCCUUCCCAACAGCUUGCAAGAGGCUGCGGAUCCCUUAGCAAAAAGGGUGAAUCCUUUACCUGUGUCCGUCCCGUAUUUGAGCCCUCUGGUGCUAAGGAAAGAGCUGGAAUCUUUGUUGGAGAAUGAGGGAGAACAAGUGAUUCACACCUCCACGUUCAUCAACCAACACCCCAUCAUUUUCUGGAACCUGGUGUGGUAUUUCCGACGCCUGGACCUCCCAAGCAACUUGCCAGGACUCAUUCUAACAUCAGAGCACUGCAAUGAAGGCGUGCAGCUUCCUCUGUCAAAUUUGUCUCAAGACAGCAAGCUAGUGUAUAUCCAACUUCUGUGGGACAAUAUCAAUCUUCACCAAGAGCCUGGGGAACCUCUGUACCUAUCUUGGAGGAACUUCAAUUCUACAGAAAAGAAACCUGCAGUUUCAGAAGAACAACAAGCAAUGAUCACUUUAGCUGAGAACAUCAAACUGAGUAUUCAGCACAAUGAUGUCGUGAAACCCAUCAAUCUCCUCGUGCAGAAAACUAAGCAAGAUAGGAAACGACAAAGGAGCUUUUACAGAGAAAUUCUUUUCCUGUCCCUGGUCUCACUUGGGAGAGAGAAUAUUGACAUAGAGGCCUUUGACAACGAGUACAGAGCUGCCUAUAAAAGCCUUCCAGCUGAGGUGCUUGAAAAGAUGCAGAAGAUCGACGCCCCGCCCGGUGCCAGCGUUGAGUGGUGCAGGAAAUACUUUGGGGCGCCUGUCAUAUAAACUCCGCAGACGGUGCAGUGUAGCAGCUCCACAAAGAAAGAGCAGAGGAAAGGGACAAAAUGGUGAAUGUGUUGAUUUGGAUUCAGCUGUAGCUGUUGCGUCCAAUACAUGUAGCACUCUCUUUUGUGGCAGUCCAGAUGUCUAUACCAGCCCCAAGAAUUAAGUGCAAAUAUGCUAGUGCAAAGUCAUUGGCUUUUGAAUUUUUGAAGUUUAACCUUCCUGUGCGUCAUGUUUAGAACGACAACGGAGACUGGCCUUUUAAUUGGCGUCUUACUUUUUAAAACUUGAAAUGUUUUAUUUGUCUUCUAGCCCAAGAAGCCCACUGAUUUCUUUAUGAAUGGAUGCAUCAGUUUAAAGAGAGAUCUCUACUUGCUGCAUGCAUAUGUACAUUUCGAAUUGUGAAUUGCAAUUCUUUUCCCCUUGGGUCAAAAGACCAAACCGUAGCUUUAGUUUAAAUGCCCAUCUACCUUUUGGAAAACAAUCACUUUCUUGGACUGUAGCAAGAAUAUAGCUGUUGUGGCUAUUGUAAAGCAUAGUAUUUUUCUUUUUUUAUAUAGAAUAACUACUUUAAAUAAUUCUCAAACUGUACAUACAAUGUUCUCCCAACAAUGAUGGGUUUCUACCCUGAGUGGCUUUGAAGGCAGUGACCUCUCUAUAAAGGAAAGUGGGAGUAAAUGAAUCUAGGGUACAUAUAUGGGUGGG